GCUCUGCAUAAAACCAGAGUUUGAGGAACAAGCUGCUAAGAAAGCGCUGUCCACUGUGAUAAAGGCCCACGCUAACACAAAACGUUUUUUCGACUCGCUUGGUGGAACCGGGAGAACCUCGGUGUCGGGACCUUUAGGAUCCCACCUUCGCCGUCCCGGACAUGGCUGGGCUCGACGGACUCAGGGUACUGCUGCUGCUGGCUGGGCUGGUCGCCAUGGCAAACUGUCAGGUGAAUGCCACUGGUCAGGUGAAUCCCGCUGUAAAGCCGACGACUCCCACUGGUCAGGUGAAUCCCUCUGUAGUUCUGGCGACUACCACUGGUCAGACGAAUUCCACUGAUCAGAGUACCACAGGUCCUCCACCCCCCAUGUGUAACUACAGUGGUGUAGCAGAUAAGACUGGCUUUCUGUUCACCUUUGAAAACGGCACUGAGGGCAACUACAGCAUCGAGCUCACUAAACGAAGCACCAAUGAAUCGAACAAAGUGACUGUGGCCCUGAGUGGCACAAACCCAACCCAUCUUCUACAAUACCUAAAGCCUUCGACUGAUUACACAGUUCACAUUAGUCCAAGCAAACAUCUAACAGUAACGUGUGGUAGGAAUCUGGAACUGAAAACCAAAGGCAUCAAUCGGAAGGAAAUUGAUGAACUUCCAACAAGUUCCUACAAAGAAAUUUGUUACGAGACUGACUGGAAUAUCAGGACUGCACAAUCACAUGUUGUUGAGGGAAAGGCAUCAAGCAAAAAGUAUACAUUCUGCAUCAAACCGAAUUACACAGACCUCUGUACAAAUUUGACGACCCUCAUUUAUCCAACUUUUAACUUGUCCAAAUGGAUCGGUUUAGAAUACUUGGAUACCGUCGACAUUGAACUUGAAGAUCCCAAAGAACUUCCAGCAAAAAUUGACUGGAAGAAUCAAAAGGAUUUAAAAUGUGAAGGUCUUGGAAUUAAUUUCACCUGCGAAGCAGGCCCUGGCACAACGAAAUACAAGCUGGAUGAGCUAGAGCCUUACACAAAAUACUCAUGCACUGGUGUACUGUAUAACCUGGAUAACAAAACCAUUGCCAUUGAAAAGAGAGUCACCAAAGAAGUCAACAUCAUUUGUGAUAUAGAUAUAGAGGAUGUGAAAGAUGAAACUAAAAACGAGUCAAUACGUUUAACCUGGAAGGCAAGCAGCAAACAGUGUUCGCAUUUCUCAGAGAAUAAGAACCUCUCGUAUGUUUGUUGCUGCAAGCCGGUCAAGGCUCAUCCCACUCCCCCCUCAAAGGAAAGUUCUUGUGAAGUGACUGGUUUGCUGCCCUUCACUGAUUAUAAUUGCAAAAUUCAACCUCGUUUCAACGGUACACCCAUUGGCACGGCAACCAAUAAACAGAGCAAAACCAGCAAUGGAGUGCCCAAAAACGUUACAAUUAAAAGAACAACUCAGGUGGAGAACAAUGCCUUCCUGGUGGAAUGCACUGAUUUAAAAAAGGAGGAUUGGAGAGGUCCAAAAGGAUCGUACCACGCCACAAUCACACCUGGAGUUCACAAGAAAAUACAAAACAGAAGUUGUUUUUUCCAAUUCGGUGAUCUGAGCUACUCCACGGAGUACACGGUAUCGAUCGUCGCCUUCAAUGGAGUGAAUUCCGGGGAAGCGGUGAAAGUCAAACUUCAGACCAGCUCUCCUACGGCGGGGGUUCUGCUGCGUGUCCUGGUGCUGCUGGGCUUCUCCGUCCUGACCCUGGUGGUUGUGCUCCACCUCAUUGACUGGCGGAGAACCAGAGGUAACAAGACGGCAACAGAAGAGUGCAUUGGUCUGAACUCUGCCAGCGACGCACCACCAGCCAGAGAACACCUCGGCCCAGGGGCCAGUGACGAGCAGCUGCACACUGUGGAUAUAGACAUGGACCAGCCUCCCAGGGGCCCCACUGUGGUCCAGCGUGGUGCGCAGAGGGCCGUAGGCUCAGCACAGGACCAAGCGGAUCCAGGUGAAAGUAGCGAUGAUGAGGCUACCUAUGAAAACCUGGAGGACCCUCCCAGAUGUGUUGAGGACACUGCAGACACAGGCGUCCAUUGUGUCACCGUCCACCAACUGUCAAAAUGACAAACGUCUGGACAACACGUGAUGAAGCAGGGGGAAGUUGUCGGAGCUAGCUUGUUGUGGCUGUGUUCAGAUGCAUCAUAACCGACUGAACAAACUUUGUUUCCCUUGGUCCUUAAACAAGCAGUUAGACCUACACAACAAGCAGUAGAUCUACACUCGGUAGUCCUUAACACCAAUUAGGCUGUACAUAAAUUACUAGGGGUGGGAAAAAUAAUCGAUUCUUCGAUGCAUCGCGAUUCUCGCUAGAACGAUUCUGUCUCGAUGCAGAUAAAUUAAUUUUAUUUUUUUUGCCUGCUACAACAAUCUAUUCGCCAGAGAGGGAUAAUUUUUGUAAUUUAAAAAUUAUUGAAUUUAUCUUCAGUGUGUAUUGGCCAAUCUGAUUUGUCUUAACACGAUUGUGAUUCAGCCUACGCAUAGCAUGCGCGCAAACUCACAGUCAUCAUUAUUGGUCGUCAAAUUUUGGUCCACUGAAGGGGUUGUUUUGUAACGCCAGGUAACGUCUUUUUCUACCGAACGUCUAAUGUUGACAUCCGUGGGACCUCUGUGUAAGGGCUGGUAGGCUAGGGGAACUCAUAUUAAUGUUAGAAAACCUCAGAAAGUGACAUUUUCAUGCCAUUAUAGCUUUACUAUACUAUUUUGCAAUUAAACAAUGUGUGCAAACAAACAGAAAAGUUUCCUUUUUUUUUUAAUUAUUAUUAUUUUAAAUAACUUAAAUACAUAUAUAAAGGGGAAGGUUUCCAAGUUGUAAGCAAUGGCCUUCUGAUGCUUUUCAGUAAGUGAUUUAGUUAUGUUUUUGGAACCAUGUGCAUAAUCUUCUCUGAUUGCUUUAGUGGGGAGGUGCCUGAGAGGAGAUAUUAAAUUAGUACAUUAGUACAUUUAUGCAAUGGCAAAUUAGCACAUUUAUGCAUGGCCAGUUUGUGUUAAGUGUUAAGAAACCUGUCAGGCAGACGCAGCAUCACGUGUAUCCUCGUUUCGAUGUCUCUUGCUAUAGACCUAGUCUAGGAUGACAGAUAAUGCACUUGAGCUGAAGGCAUUAACUUCUGUCCCUGUUGCAUCCUUGUAUGUAACUUUAGCAUCCGGUGGCAGGCAAAAUCUCUCGAUGACUGGAAAAGAUAGUACGAUAAAACUGAAUGUGCUUUUUAAGUCAGCAAUGUUUCUUGCCUCACAGCGAAAAACUGUUCUCAUUAAAUAUCACCACUGUUUAAUCAU